AGUCCCGAUUAAACAGAGGAGAGAGAUGUAAUUGUUAUUCUUCAUCUUCUUCAAUGGGAUUUCUUCGAACCCAUUUUCUCUCUCCUCCAUUUUUGUUUCUCUCUCUGCUUUUGAUCGUCUUCUUUAAAGGCGUCUAUGGAGGUGGAAUUACAUUAAUAAAUAGAUGCGAUUACACAAUUUGGCCGGGAAUUCUCGGAAACACCCAAUUGGAAUCCACUGGCUUCGAGCUCUCCCCUGGGGCGACGCGUGCAUUCCAACCGCCGCCGGGUUGGUCCGGCAGAUUCUGGGGUCGGACAGGCUGUUCGUUCGACUCCGCCACCGGUCAAGGCAGCUGCCAGACAGCCGACUGUGGGUCAAACCAAAUGGAAUGUAAUGGCAACGGAGCCACCCCACCCGCGACUCUAGCUGAGUUCACGAUUGGUUCCGGUGGUGGCGCGAUGGACUUUUACGAUGUCAGUUUGGUCGACGGCUACAACAUUCCGAUGAUGGUGGACUCCACUGGCGGGAGCGGCGCUUGUCAGUCGACUGGGUGUGCGGCAGACCUGAACCGACGGUGCCCUGCUGAGCUACGUGGUGGCGAGGGGAAAGCGUGCAGGAGCGCAUGUGAGGCGUUUGGGAAUCCGGAGUACUGUUGUAGCGGCGCGUAUAACUCACCCGCCGCCUGUAAACCGUCGUUGUACUCGGAAAUGUUUAAAUCGGCUUGUCCCAAAUCGUAUAGCUACGCCUUUGAUGACGCGUCAAGCACUUUUACUUGCAGUGGUGCAGAUUACACCAUCACAUUCUGCCCUUCAUCAGCAAGAUUAUCUUGCCACCCGCUCCACUCGUGUGUUCGUGUUCAUUAUAUUUCUUCUCUCCGACGUGUUCAGGUGACCCCAUUAACUGUUCCGAGCAUUUGUAUGCAUCGGAUCAUACCGCUCCCACGUUUCUUAAAUAAAAUUCGUGUUAUUCCAUAUUAGGUGCGAUCGUACCAGCACUAACACGAGUUCAAAAUUUGUUUAAUAUUGUGAAAUUUGUUAUUCCGGCAAGAGUCGAGGGGUGAGAUUGGAAAUGACAAUUGUACCCCUCUCAAUUUGUAUGAGAUAAAGAAAAUCAUAUAAAAAACAUAAGAUUUUCAGUAAUUUACUUCUA